UAGUAAAUUUGGGAAAAUACUACAGUAAAGGUUCGAACAUGGCUCCUAGUACGUGGCAUGUAUACGGUUCGAUUUUCGUGUAUUUCUAUUUAUGUUCCGUUUCCACUAAAUAUGUAAAUACGGAAGAGGUUAAGCGUCCUUUUUUCGAGAAUCGUCCACAUGUUACCAUGGACUUCAAUAUUAAUAUUGAUGGAGGAAAUCAGGAUUGUUUUACUCAUUUUGUACAACCGGACGGAGCAUUCUUUGUUAGCUAUCGGGUUCUUCGUGGUGGUGACGGUAUGGCCGGAUUUGCUGUUCAACAUCCUGAUAACAGAUUAGUUCAUCCGUACGCAGUGAAAGAUUCAUCGUUUUAUGCAGACGACAAAUCCAUCGGUGGCUACUACAAUUUCUGUAUCGACAAUCAUUCCUUUACUAGCAUAUUAGUUGAAUUGUAUGUAUCGUCGUUCAAAAUUGAUGGCUGGCAGAAGUAUGAAAAAGAGCUUGAAGAACUUCAUCUGAACGUGGCAAAUUUUACGAGAAUCAUAGAUACUGUGGAGAGAAACACGAAUAAUAUGCAACAAUUUCAAUGGCAGAUACGGAGCUUAGAAUCGCGAGACAUUGCUCUGUUGAAUGAUAAUUAUGCAUACGUUCAAAACUGGUCAAUAGCUCAGAUUAUCGCAAUUGUAUUGACCUGCACAUUUCAGGUGUUUUUUGUGAGAAGAUUGUUUGACGUUAAAACUGGAAAUUUGAAGAUGCAAAUAUAAAGAGAACCAUUAAAGAGAUACUUGUCGCGCAGC